CGCCUGACUAGCAUUGUCUCGGACAGUUUUAAUGUGAAGUUGCCAGAUUUAUCUCUCAGUUGCAGCACAGCGGACAACAGAUAAAGUGUGUGUGUUUAGUCGAGAAGAUACCAGGAUAACUCGCCAGUACUACACUCUUUGCUCUAACGUGGAUUAGGAUUUUAUGUACAACAUGACAUUUGAGGAACUAAGUGGGGAUUACUCUCAAGAAAGAAUGGAUUCAGUGGCGAAAGCUUUGGAAGAAGUCCUCACCUCUGCGUUGCCACAGGGCUGCAUUACAGUCGGAGUCUACGAGGCUGCCAAAUCACUCAAUGUGGACCCUGAUAAUGUGGUCUUGUGCAUCCUCGCCACUGAUGACGAAGAUGUGAAAGAUGUGGCACUGCAGAUCCACUUUACCCUAAUUCAGGCUUUCUGCUGUGAGAAUGACAUCAACAUCCUGAGAGUCAACAACACCCGGCGCCUGGCAGAAAUACUGGAGGGAGAAGGGAAACAGAGUGGGGGUGAACCUAUGGACCUCCACUGUGUCCUGGUCACUAGCCCACAUUCUACAUCGUGGAAGGACCCCGCUUUGAGCAAAGUGAACCGAUUCUGCAGGGAGAGCCGCUGUAUGGACCAGUGGGUACCCAUCAUCAACCUGCCCGAACGAUGAACUUUUAGCUGCUGAAACCUGUGGAAGGACUUGUAUCUGCACAUUAAGAGUGGUGUGAACCCUGAUGGACACAUUACCACCCAGAGAUCAAAUUCCAAAAGUACUGCUGAUGGGGAAAGAACAUUUUGGAGAGAGAGAGAGAGAAAAAAGACCCCACUGUCUUACAUGGGAUGCAUUUAAAAGAAGACAAAAAAAGAGCUGAGGGGGGAAGGAUUUUCCACUUUGGACAGGACUGUUUGGAGUUGCGUCUGUCAGCCUUGGCAACUGAGAUGAGAUGGGCGAGGCAUGUGAAGAUGGACACUGUACAGAAGGAUUAUAUCAUGUAUGUUUGGUAAAAGCCUCUGUGACGAGUCGGAGAAGUGGGGAGAAACCAGAAGUUGGAGCUGUUGAGUGGACCAAGGCCUCGGCCUCUCUCUGCAGAAACAAAGCACUUGUUGAAACACUGGACCUUUUGCAAUUUCACUUAUUUGAUUCCAAAUUGUUAAUGUUGACGUUGCUAUUGUCCUAAUUUAAAAAGGGAAAGGGCUACACAUCCAGUGCAGACAUUCUGUGUAUUUAGUGUUUCCUAUUGCCAGCUGGUUUUCUGCCACGUGUAAAAUAAAUUUUGUUACUAUUUAAGUUA